UGCAUUCUCAAUCGGAUCGCCCAGAUGGACACGGGAGCAAUUAAGAAUGACACGGCAAAUUUAUAGCAUCUGGUUCACUUCACUAAAAUACGAUGUAGCGAAAAUUUGACAAUCAACUGUCUUGUUUGCGGUGUCGAGUUUUGUUAUUUCAACGUAUCGUAUGUUGAAGAGUAAAAUUAGCCCUAACAGUGGGUUGCCACCUAGCGUUGUAGAACUGUGAGAAGAAAAGUUAAUUGACUGUUUGACAAGGCAUCGAAUAGAGGCAUGACGGAGUGUGCGGGAUCUGAAGUAGAACAGAGAUUGGGUCAACAAUGCCUUCCAACUUUAAGAAAAAGAAACACCGGAAACAUAAAAAUCGUCAGAAUGCAGCCAGUGAUGGGGAGGACGAAACGGACGACAUUGCCACAAAAGACUCCAAUCACGUCCCCGCUCCAAAGGAAGAAAACAACAAUAAACCAUACAUUGUGAGAUUUUCCGACAUUUGUGGUCGAUACUUAGUAGCAGCGCGAAAUCUCAAAGCAGGAGAAAAAAUCAUCGAGGUUGAUCCGUUGGCCAUUGGCCCUUGGGCUGCCAGUGAACCCGUUUGCAUUGGAUGCUACAAACGUUUUGAAAAAGGUGCCAAAAUAGUAAGAUGUGCCCACUGUGGGUGGCGUGUUUGUUCUACCAGCUGCAGCAGCCUUACCGUCAGCGGCGACCAUAGAAAACUGGAAUGCAAUCCACUCAAAGAGCACAAUGUGGCAAAACUUUUCGAGACAAGCUCCGCCGAACAGAUAAAGAUAAUGUAUGAGGCUAUUUUUGCGCUCCGCUGUCUGCUGCUAAAAAAGUCUGAUCCGGAAAGGUACGCACUGUUGCUGGAAAUGGAAGCCCUUAACGAACUACGGCAGAAAAUUUCAUCGCUCUGGAAACGCAAUCAGCAAUUGAUUGUGAGCCGCAUCCGCGACGAGUGGAAGUUCGAUGAGUUCACCGAAAGCGAAAUUCAUACGGUGUGCGGAAUAAUUGAAGUCAACUCGUUCCAGAUUGGUCAAAGUGAGGUCCAUGCUCGUGCAUUGUACCCGGAGGCAUUCUACAUCAUGCACGAUUGCACUCCCAACACCACCCACACCGAUGAUCCGAAGACUCAAGUGCUAUCGAUAAGAUUAACCAAUGACCUGAAGGCAGGCGAACCAAUUACGCUGUCCUAUUCGUACACCCUCCAAGGCACCCUGAAGCGAAGGCAACAUUUGUACGAAAGCAAGUUUUUCUGGUGCCAAUGUAAACGAUGUUCCGAUCCCACCGAGUUUGGCACAAAUUGCAGCACUAUGAAAUGCACCAAAUGCCAGAAAGGUCACAUCCUUACCACCAACCCUUUGGACCAAAACGCGGAUUGGAAAUGCAAAUCUUGCUCAAACAUAAUACCAGCGCAAAAUGUCCUUCAACUCCUGGACAGACUAUUCAAAGAAUUGGAUGCCAUUGAUGGAAAUGGUAUCGAGUUGUACGAACAUUUCAUCACCAAAUAUCGCCAUAUCUUACACGACAAUCAUUACCUAUUCCUGUCAGCAAAGCAUUCUCUCUGCCAGUUGUAUGGCAAAAUUUCUGGCUUUUUAAUUUCGGAAAUGAGUCUGGAGCAAAUCAUAGAGAAAGAAAAAAUCUGCCGAGAUCUGCUGCUUGUGGUGUCUGCAUAUGAACCAGGGCUCAGUCGGUUGAGGGGCGUAAUCAUGUACGAGCUACAUGCACCGAUCAUGAUUCAAGUAAAAUACCAAUCUGAAACUGGGCAGAUCAAUGCUAACCAACUGAAGCGAAUGCUAACUGAAGUGAUACAAUUACUCAAACAAAGUGCGGCAAUUCUUUCCUUCGAGCCACCCGGUUCACAGGAGUACGAGAUGGCUGUGGCUGCACGUGACGCUUUGCAAAAGAUGCAGGCAACGUAAUCAGAAUAGAUAUUUUUUAUAAAUUUUUAUUAGCAAAGUACAUGUUCAAAAAUGUGAUAACUUUUGGAAUAAAAUUCAUAUAAGGUAUGUAGCAAAUCAUUUUCGCAUUCGUGA